GAAGGAACCAAAAGGGAACAACCGUGUUAUUUAACUUGAAGUCUUGAAUGAUUGAUGACGCCAAGGAAAAUACAAAUCUCGCUGUCUCCUUCAAGUUUCGACCGUCUCUCUCUCAAAACAUCUUCAAACCCACAAGAAAGACAAAACUGUUCGCGUAGAAAAGCGGCGAACUUUCAGCCAGAAGAAGCUCUGUUUUCUCGGUUUGAAAUGGAGAAGAAACUGAGAUGUGUCCGGUGGGGUUACGAGGUUAACGCCUCUUCCGAUGAUUGCAUCGACGCAAUCGACUCCUAUUUUCAUCAGGUUCUCAGCUAUGGGAGGAAUAGGAAAGUGAUUCUUGAAGCUCCACUCCACGACAAAGAUUGUGUCUUGGGAAACAUUUUAGCUGCUCACUACCUUUCCUCAUCUGAUCAUUCCAGAGCUAAGUCCUAUCUUGAAGCUGCGUCAUCCAAUCUUGAACAAUCUACACCUUAUGAGAAAGCGGUUUUCGAGGCUGUUAGUUACCUGAUCUCCGUGGACAUGGAUGAUGACUUGGCUUAUGAAAUGCACACCGAGCUACUUAAAAGAUUCCCAAAGGAUUUGGUCUCUCUGAAGAGAGCUCAGAUUUUGAGUUUCUACAUGGGUCAGCCUGGUCCCUUCUUGGGUCUUGUUCACCAGGUUCUACCUGUAAAUCAAGAAGAAAGUUACGUACACGGGAUACUCGCGUUCCCAUUGUUAGAACUUGGUCGAAUGGAAGAAGCUGCGGCAGCUUCAAGGAAAGGCUAUGAGAUAAACAAAGAAGACGCCUGGGCACAUCACUGUCUGUGCCAUGUUCUUCAUCAUGAAUGUCGAUUUAAAGAAGCAGUGGAGUUCAUGAAAGGAGUCUCAGAGUCUUGGCCUUCUUGCUCAUCCUUCAUGUAUACGCACAAUUGGUGGCAUGUUGCUCUCUGUUACUUGGAAGGAGGGUCACCGAUGAGUAAAGUCGAGGAGAUUUAUGAUGCUUACAUCUGGAAGGAGUUGGAGAAAGAAGACGCUGUUCCUCCUGAAGUUUAUCUCAAUGCUCUUGGUUUGCUACUGCGUUUGGAUGUAAGAGAUGCUCUUGAUGGUUCGUUUGAAGAACGUCUCAAACUCCUUGCAGCUCGUUUGACUGAUCAGGCAAACUGGUAUUUGGAGUGGCAUCUUGAUAUAUUGAUAGUUUGGGCAUUGGCGAAAGUUGGAGAAACAUCAAGAGCUCAUGAGUUACUCGAGGGUCUGAAGUUCCGAGUAUCAAAGAUGAACAAGAAGAAACAACAUGUGAUGCAGAAAGGGGUUCAGCUUGGAGAAGCUGUGUAUGAAUACGCACAGGGUAACUACAUACAAGCUCUAGAACUACUUGGUUCAGAUUUUGACGCCAUUGGUUACAAGAUCAUUGGGGCAUCAGAUGAACAAAUAGAUGUUUUCAACGAAAUGUGGUGCCAGCUACUGCUAAAGACAUGCCAACCCUCCACUGCCAAAGAAGUGAUCAGAGAGAGGAUAAAGGUCAGAGAUGGUGUUCCCUUCACGUGGCGUUUACUGUGUUUCUGGUGGCAGGAGAAGAGUUAUGCCAUGGAAGGCAAUGCAGAGGCUGAGAGAGCAGGAGAGAGAGCUAAGAAACUGGAAGAAUCUUCUUAUUUCUAACUCUGCUUCUUAAUGAUAAAUAACUUUUAUGUGUGAAAUCCUUUGGUAUUGGUGUGUGCAUAUUGUUUUAUAGUGUAAAUAGAAGACACUUACUAGUAGCCGGGAAACAAAAAGUGUUUCAGAACACAAAACACAUACUAAACUCCAGUUUGGGGCUUCAAAUAGUAACUUUUGUGUA